AUGGCCACGUCAGCGCCAGCGAUUCCAGACAUUGGCCAGGCAGUGGAAGAUCUCUCCGCUCGAGUCGCCGCGGAGAUUAACGGCGGCGCCGAUUCCGCCGAUUCCGCCUCCGCGGAAGCCGCCGCCGCCGCUGCGUCCGCUGCGGCGGGGCCUCCGGCGGUGGACGAGAUCGAGAGCCUGUGCAUGCGGUGCCACGAGCAGGGCACGACGCGGCUCCUGCUGACACGUGUCCCGCAUUUUCGGGAGCUCGUGAUCAUGGCGUUCGAGUGCCCGCAUUGUAACGAGUCCAACAACGAGGUACAGUUCGCCGGGUCGUUACAACCCGCCGGCGUACGGUUCUCCCUUUCCGUACCGGUCUCCGCGGAAGGAGCAGCCGAGGAAACCAUAGACUCCCACGAGGCGCUGAUGAACCGCCAAGUGGUAAAAUCCGAUUCGGCGACGAUCCGCAUUCCGGAGAUCGACUUUGAGAUUCCGCCCGAGUCGCAGCGCGGCACGCUCACCACAGUGGAGGGCGUCUUGACCCGCGCGCACGACGGGCUCGGCGCGCUGCAAGCGGAGCGCCGCGCGGCGGACGCCGCCGUCGCCGCCGCAAUCGACGAAUUCCUCGCGAAGCUGAAAUCCUGCAUCGACGGCUCACGCGCGUUCACGCUCGUGCUAGACGAUCCGUCGGGUAACAGUUACGUCGAGAACCCGCGCGCUCCGGAGCCCGAUCCGAUCCUGAAAGUUGAGCAUUACGAGCGCACGGCAGAGCAGAACGAGAAGCUAGGGUUUCUCGCGGCUCCCGCGGGCGCGGGGGAAGACGGGGAAGCGGGGGAAGGUUCAGGGGGAGGCGCAGCGGGGGAUCCGACCAAGCUUCCGCACGGGUCGGUGGGUGCUGAGCUGGCGUACCGCGCGAUUGCCGGCGGGAAUAACGCGGACCUGGCGAGUAACGCGCUGCUGUGCGGGUACUCCGCGCCCGAGGAGGUGAUGGUGUUCCCCGCCACCUGCAGCGCGUGCGGCGCUAGCGGCCCGGCGAGCGGCGCGGAGGGCAGCGCGAAGAGCGGCGCAGCGAGUGAUCCGGCGAGUGGCGGGUCGAGUGGCGCGACUGGGGACGGGGGGGAGGAGGAUGGGGAAAAGGUGGACGCAGAGGGGAAGGCGGAGGGGGGAGCGGAAGGGGGAGCGGAGGGAGAAGCAGCACACGUGGACGAGGUCUGCGUGACGCGCAUGUUCGCGACGCGGAUUCCGUAUUUCAAGGACGUCAUCCUGAUGGCCACGUCAUGCGACGCGUGCGGGUAUAAGAACUCCGAACUUAAAGCGGCCGGCGGCGUCGCGCCUAAGGGACGCAAAAUCACCCUCACGGUCCGCAACCAGAAGGAUCUAUCCCGCGAUAUAAUUAAAGCCGAAUCCGCGGCGGUGUAUAUCCCCGAAAUUGAAUUAGAACUAGGCGCUGGGACUCUAGGCGGACGCGUGACUACAGUGGAGGGGCUUGUAACGGAAAUCGCGGACAGCUUGAAACGGAUCCGGCCGUUUGAGAUCGGGGACAGCGCGCCCGAGUGGCAGAGGAGCAAAUGGCAGGAUUUGGAUAAGCAGCUGCGCGCGCUGGCUGCUGGUGAACCUGUGAGCGUGAAACGUAACAGAGCCGGUGCUGGUGCUAGUGGUGCUGGGAAUGAGAAUGAGUCAGGAGCUAAGAGGAAGUCGGAGAACGAGAAGGGAGAAUCGGGGGAGGGAGGGGGGGUGGAGGAGGCGGAGGGGGAGGAGAUGGAGGAGUUGACGGAGUGGCAUUUGGUGCUGGACGACGCGUUGGCGAACUCGUUCGUGUCGUUUGUGGGCGAGCGACUGGAGGACGAUGGGCAGGUGCAGGUAGAGGAGUAUGUGCGGUCGUGGGAGCAGGAUGAGGAGCUGGGACUGCAUGACAUGCGGACAGGGGAGGAGCAUGGGCAGGGCAAAGCUGAGCUGGAGGCGAUUCAAGAUAGGCUUGAAGGCAAGAAGGUAAAAGUGCAGGUGGAGGAGUAUGUGCGGUGGUGGGAGGAGCAGGAUGAGGAGCUGGGGCUGCAUGACAUGCGGGUGGGGGAGGAGCAUGUUCAGGAGGAAAAGGUGACAGAGGAGAAGAGUGAUUUGGAGUCGAUUCAAGAGUGA